UAUCUUUUGUUAAAUUUUGAUAACCUCAAGUCAACUCACUACAAUAAGGUAUCGGCCUUCAGAAAAAGAAAUAGAAUUCGGGUAUAUGGAACGGAUGUGCCAAAUCCUUUCCAAUCAUUCGACGGCUUAACAGAACAAUAUUCCAUAUUUCGUUAUAUCAGAAGAAACAUUGAGACUGCCGGAUAUGAACACCCAACACCAAUACAGAUGCAAGCUAUUCCUGGGAGAGAUAUAAUGGGAAUGGCGCCAACAGGGUCGGGAAAGACACUGGCGUAUAUAUUACCGAUUUUGCAGGAUAUGAGAAGACCAGAGAAAGUAGGAUAUAGGGCAUUGGUUAUAGCACCCACGAGAGAAUUAGCACGACAGAUCUAUUGCGAGUUCAAGAAGAUGAGUUUAAGUAGAAAAUUCAAAAUAUGUAUACUUACCAAAGCAACAGCAGCCACACAGGCACAAACACCUGAACUCAGACAGAAAUAUGAUAUUCUGAUUAGCACACCCCUUCGUCUUGUCCACGCUAUCAAGCAGAAAGAUAUCGAUCUGCACAAUGUUAAACAUUUGGUUCUUGAUGAAGCAGAUAGGCUUCUCGAAUUGGGUUUCCUAGAGCAGACAGAUGAAAUAUUUCACGCAUGCUCAAAUCCAAAACUCCAGACAUAUCUUUUUAGUGCGACAUUACCGUCCGGUGUGGAGACUUUAGCAAACACUAUUAUGAAAGACCCUAUUAAAGUCGUAAUAGGAAUCAAAAACGCAGCAACAGAUACGGUCAACCAAGAGCUCGUCUAUGUCGGCCAAGAAGAAGGGAAACUCAUCGCAAUAAGACAAUUGGUUCAACAAGGAAUUAAGCCUCCGGUGUUGAUAUUUGUACAGUCUAUCGAGAGAGCAAAAGAGUUAUUUCACGAACUGAUUUAUGACGGGAUAAACGUAGAUGUUAUACACUCGGAACGAACAAAAGCUCAACGUGAUGCAAUAAUACAAUCGUUUAUGCAAGCCAAAAUAUGGAUUUUAAUAGCCACGGAACUCAUGGCGCGUGGGAUGGACUUCAAGGGCAUCAACCUU